AUGAAUAUCCAUAACCUGAACAUAAGCUUUAAUUCGCGAGCAGGCUUAGGCUGGUUCUGGUCCAGCGGGGUAUUCCAGGACACCAGCGGCACGGUCUGGGCACCCGACGGACUGCCGUACCUAGAAGGCCGACGUUUCAGACGGCCGGGCGUCCUUCGGAAUGGUGAUUAUAAGUGCCAUAAACGGGGACGACAAUUUCGUGUUACUGAUCAAGUGUACUUAGACGUUAAGAAUGAAGACAAGGACCUGGGAAGACUUGUUAUUGGACUGUUUGGAGAUUUAGCUCCAAAAGCGGUGAAUAAUUUCAAAGUUCUUGCUACUAAAGGCAUAAAUGGGAAAUCGUAUAAAGGAACUCGGUUUAAUCGUAUCAUCAAAAGGUUUAUGGUCCAAGGCGGUGACGUCGUUUCCGAUGACGGUAGUGGUAGCAUUAGUAUUUAUGGAGAUACAUUUGACGAUGAAAAUCUGGAAACCCAACAUAGUACAGGAGGCUUUGUGUCAAUGGCCAAUAAAGGUAAAAACACAAAUGGCUGUCAGUUUUUGAUAACCACCACUGGUGCGCCUUGGUUAGAUCAACUGCACACUGUAAUUGGGAAAGUCGUAGAAGGUCAGAAAGUGGUGCAUCUGUUGGAGCACACGCCAACCGAUGUUGAGGAUCGACCGUUGGAGCAUGUAUAUAUUUCAGACUGUGGUCUGCUGCCGACACCGCAACCUUACUACAUAUCCGACGAUCCAUACGAUUUGUGGGCGUGGAUCAAGGCCUCUGCAGUGCCGCUGACGAUGUCAUUUUCGAUACUUGGUUUCUUCCAUUGGAUGAUUAGGAAAAUGGAAAUUUAAGAAAUAAAUAAAAUAUAUAGUUAAACAUAAUAGUUAUAUAACAUAUUGCGCUGUAUUAUUGCAUUUAAUAAUAUUAAAUUUAUUUAUUAAUAUUGUAUAUGGAAAAAAAUUUAGAAAAUAGUAUUUAACAAAAAAUUGUCUUUAAUCUGAGAUUGAGAAAGUCGUCAUAGGCAGGCAAACUCCUAUAGGCGGAAUGAAACAGACUUCAUAAGUUACUUCAUUCCUCUAGUACAGCCUUUCCCAAAGUGGGCGAUAACGCCCCCUUGUGAGCGCUGCAGGCUUAAUGGGAGGCGGUAAUAGACCCAGAAAAAAAGAGGGCGUUGUGUAGAGGCUUGGGAGGCGAUUUGUAAUGUCAUCUAGGAGGACUCUUAGACACCGA